AUGCUUGCAGCACAUAGCAUAAAAAGGCAGAAAGGAAUACCUAAUGGUGCUGCCGCAUUGGAAAACGACUUCUAUGUAGACGAUUGCUUAACCGGAGCCGAAACUAUACCAGAAGCUCUACAGAGGCAACAACAGCUUAACAAACUUCUGCAAAAAUCUGGAUUCAAGUUAAGAAAAUGGUGUACUAACAAUUACCAAGUUCUACAAGGAGUUCCGAGGGAAGACAUCACUUCAAAUGUACAACUGGAGGAGACUUCAUAUGAGGACUACACGAUUAAGACCCUCGGAAUCACCUGGACACCAACGACAGAUCACCUUUGUGGGAAAACGGAGAUAGCAACAAAGGCCAACAUAUCAAGACGAGAUGUUGUGUCUGAAAUCUUUAGGAUAUUUGAUCCUCUUGGUUUAUUUUCCCCAGUUGUAAUGAAAGCAAAAUUUUCAUGCAACACCUCACAAAGGAGGGUUAUGGGUACAAAGACGAUCUGCCGGCUCAUCUUCAGGAGGAAUGGAAACGCUACAGGGGAGGAGCUAAAGGUUCUGAACACCAUAAAAGUACCACGUCACGUAUACUCAGGAAAAACACCUGUGACGGCAGAAAUCCACGCAUUUGUUGAUGCCUCGGAGACAGCAUAUGGAGCUGCUGUAUACAUCCGAGCAACAUAUAAGGACAAGCGAAGAACGAUCCAGUUAUUAUGUGCAAAAUCUCACUUAGCACCAAUUAAUACAAUAACUCUACCACGUCUGGAACUUAAGGCUGCUGUAUUAGGAGCACAGUUGACUUCAAAAUAA